AUGAAAUUAAGAAACAAAACUCGUAUCGAUUAUUCAAGUUUGAAUAAUGGUUGGAUUUUAUUAAAUCAUCAUAAUACACUAGUACAAACAAAUAUGCCAAAUAUUCGUCAUCAAUCAACUAUUAUAAAACAGCUUGGUAACGUUAUACAGAAGCGUAUUUGUCGUGGAUUACGUUUUGGAAGAAAAAAACCAAGAAAUAAUAAAAGAAAAAUUUCAAUUUCACAAAAUCAGUUUAAUUUUUUGAAACAAAAUGGUGUACGGGGGAAUGUUUACAAUAGAAAUGAUGCGUUAACACAUUUAUUAAAUUUGAAAUUAAAUCUUCGAAUGAGAAAAGAUUUAGAAUGUGAAUGUAGAGACUUGGUAUAUCUUGUUCGUCGAUUUCGUUCAGAAGAAUGUGAAACCAUGUCCGGUGAAAAAAUUCAAAUUCCUCAUGAAAUUAAAUUGUAUAUUAAAUUUAAACGUGUUGAACAUAAAUUAGCAUCAGAUGGUGGA